GAGCAGCAGCGGUGAUGUGUCCGCUGUGGUCAUGAGGCGGACUGAAGGAGUCUGGAGUCAAAUUCCUGAACACGUAGGAGCCUCCUCACGCUGCUCCAGCACGACGACGACGACGCAUGGCGCAGGGGCGCAGCGAGUAACGGAUUACUGAUCAACCGAUCAACUCAUCGAUGAGACACGGAUUUAUUUGGCUCCAACUUUACGCUCAACUAACGGAUGUUUUCCUCCACGUUUUUGAAACAGGAGAAAUGACAUGACAACCAUCUUUUCCCUCCAGACCGCCUGUUCAGCUGCGCGCCGGUUCACCACAGAUGAGAAGGGUCUGAAACAAAGUUCAACUGUUUCUUCUUCUGGACAUGUUGGGAACAUAGAGCCGCGCGUAAAAAAAAGCCGGUGUUACGCUUUGUUCUAAAGCGCAUGAGAGAAAAAAACAAAUCUGGAUCCACUUUUCCACAGCGGAAAUGAGCUCAAGAGCCGCAGCCUGGAUCCACUUCUGUUAAAACAUGGUCGCUUGGACUCCGCGGAGAACCGGGAUCUGACACCGACUUCUGGCUACCGUACGAUUUCUUUAUCUCGAUGGGAAGAUGUUCGCUGGACUCAUGGGGCUGGACUGUCACAACAACUCCCUGCUUCACCUCUGCGAAGUCACAGAAGGUGGCAGAGCAUCAGGUGCGGCUGGCAGCUCCGGCCGUAAGAGGCUCCACAGAAGACCGGGGUACAUGAGAGGAGAGCAGUCCAGACUACAGAGCAUGCCUCGUGGUCAGGAGGAGGAGGAGGAGGAGGAAGGGACGACCACUUGCUCAAGGAAGGGGAGAUCUGGGCAUCACACUGACCUCACUGAAGCCACCUGCACACAGAGGAUGAGUCUAACACCUUCUGCCAAAGUGUCCUUAAUAAAUCAGCAGCAGCCUGAUGAACUCACAUGUAGCUCCAGGAAGAGUAAGAGCGUUAUCUGCUCUGUUACCCAUCCUCUGCCUCAUGAGGUCUGCACUGCCGUCCACGGUACAUCCAGCCAUCAGGGUCUGUCCCCACUCCCUCAGAGGGAUCUCAGUUUAAAAUCAAGCCCAGCACUACAGUCCUCGCCGUUGGACUCUUUUAGCUCCAGCUUCAGUUUCAUCCAACUGUCGCUCGACUCCAGCCACAGAGCGGACAAAACCACUGCUGCACCAGCCCGGGAACCACAACCACUCAAUCAGUCAACUAAAGCACCUCGUUCACCCCAAACAAAACCAGAAAGCUUCCCUGCUUAUGUCUUCAAGCACUCCACUACUGGCCAAUCAUCAAACUCCUCUGCCGAGGGAGAGGAGUUAUCACUAGGUGGGAGGUUUUGGAGGGAAUGUUUGUGGGAUGGCAGGGAGGCUUCAUCCAACCUGCCUCACUGCGACUCCCAAUCUCUGGACAUCGAGCUCACCUCCUCUCUGUCUGUGGACUCGGACACGGCGUCCGCCUCCUCCGUGACCUCGGGCUAUGAGAGCGCCACGCCCGCCUCCGACCAAUGCUGGGACAACCUGGUGAAGAAGUACGAGGUUGUGCUGCAGGACUGCCUCCAAAACAACCGCACCCACACCAAGAUUGAGUCCAUGAUGUUGAAGCUGCAGAGACUCCAGCAGAAGGCUAUUUUGGAUGAUGACUAUGACGCAGCCGAGCGAUUUGGGAAAAAACUGGAGGAGCUGUGCAGUGAGCGAGGAGCUCUGCAGCUGGGUUUACCGUCCAGACAAACCAGCGUGGCUCUGUUCCUUGAGCGGCUCAGACAGGUGGUGCACAGCGCCCUCCAGAGGGCAGACUGCAGCCAGCGCAGGGAGGGUGCCGGGCCGGACGGGGGGGAACGGUGUGACUCAUCCCAGGGUCCCCUGCUUCAAAGAGAUCGUCUGAUCCGAGAGAAACGGAUGGUGGAGGAGGAGAUGGCCGAGCUGCAGCAGAGGCUGGCGGAGCUGAGGGACCGCAGUCGAUGUGUGGAGCAGCAGAUCCAGCAGGAGGAGCAGCAGGUGGAGGCUGAGGAGCUGGAGGGCUCCGUGCUGAGGGGCUGCACCGAGGCUCAGCUCCGCGACAUGAGCCGAACUCUGCAGGACCUCGUCACAUCCGAAAACCGCCUGCAGAUUUCUGUCUCCCUGCCACCGUCCACACUAAGGCUGCAGGAGCAGGAGCAGGCAUUGAAUCUGUCCAUCAAGGAAGCCACAGCCAAAGUGGUCAUGAGUCAGAGGCUGGGAAGCAGCCUAAGGAGGAAAGUCAGUGAGACUGAAACUCAGCUUUUGGCUCUGCAUGAAGCCAAACUGGCGGCCAUCUCAGGUAAUGACUUCAGCAGUGCCAAGGAGCUGAAGGCUGAGAUGAAGGCGGUGUACCAGGAGCGCGAUCGUCUGGAGGCCCUGACCAAGAGGCUGCACAGCCUCAGCUCAGGGAGCAGCCAGGACCUGGCCAGGAUGAAGGAGCAGAGGCAGCAGCUCAGGCAGGAGCUGGAGCAGAGGGAGGCCCUGCACGAAAGCCGACUGAAAGAGAACACCACCAAGUAUAUCGAGCUGUUGGAGGACAGGCUGCACAGUUGUGGCUGUCAAGGUCUGGAGCGGAUCUGGGAAGCGGACCUGGAAGCGUGUCACCUGUUCCUUCGAGGCCUCCAGCUGCGGACCCCCAGCUGCGGGGGACCAGUGGACGUCGAAGACCUCCCCGCCGCCGCAGUGUAUCCUCCAGCCCAGCCGUGCACCAAAGAGGAAGAAGACUGCGCCAUGCUGACCGCUUUAGGGGGGCGCUGGUGUCCUGAGGCCAACUUGCAGAACUCAGAGUUCACCAAGAAGCUGGAGGAGUUUCUGUUCUGCAUGGAGGAGAAUCACCCAGAGGACGGGUGCAGCGAGGCUGAGGCGGUAGACCUGACAGAGCGCUGCGAGCUGAUCAGUGACAGACUAAUGACCUUGGAAGAUGAAUUGCAGAUGGCCAUACUAAACCGGGAUCAGGCCCUCACCCAGUCCCUGGAUAAAGAAGUUCAGGAGAUGAAAGCCGCUCUGCAGACCAUGCUCGUGCAGCUCCAGCAUGAGGAAGAGGAAGGGAACGAGUUAUCAGAUGAUGACCACAUGAAAAAUGGGAUUGAGGAGGAAGAAGAGGAGGAGGAAGAGGAGGAGGAGGAGGAGGAGGAGGACCAGUACUUCAGUGACAGCUGGGACAUUUGAAAUGGAUGCCUGUAGUGUUUUAUGACCACUCACACACGGACCGGCUCUCUGAGACCCUGACCCCGGCUUUGCUGUGGAAGUGAUCCCAUAUCCAUUAACUAUACAAGCUCCCUUAAAGCGCUUUACAACCAGCCUCUGUGGAACUGCAGAAAGUUUCAGCUACAAAGUCUGUGUGACAUUUUUUUUACACAAAGAAAAAAAUAUGAAGGAUUUUUGUUAAAUAUAAAAAUCAAAAAAUAAGGCACUUUAUUGCUUAUUUUGUCGUUCCUAGCCUAGAUAUGAAAGAGUCCUAUAGACCACUGAGCUUACAUGACGAUUUUAUCAAAUGGGUUAUUGGAUCCAUGUUUUCAUGUCGUGUUAUUUGUGCAGAGAAAAGAAGUGUUUUUUACCUCCAGGUCACAGCUAGGACAUAGUAUUACGGCCAUUUUUACGAGAAUGAAGUCCUAAUAUUAUGAGAAUAAAGUUGUUAUUUAGGGGAAGCUCUUAAUAUUGCAAGAGUGAAGUCGUAAUUUACGAGAAUAAAGUUGAGGUUUUAUGAGGUUUAUUGAGAGAUUUUCCGCUUUUUCUGACACAGGUAAAAGUUAUUUAUGUAAAGUGCUAAAACAUAAAGUGUAACAGUAGUACAUGAAGAGAAAACCAUACAGUCAGUGCGUGGACUCAGUAGUGUCAGUUACAGACUAUCCAUUGUUUGCUAAUAUUAGAUAACAUUAGCUAUCAUAAAUUACCUAAGGAAUUCUGUUACACCAACCCCACUGGCCUGAAUAGCUUGACGAAUGGUGAGGUGCAUUUAUUAUGAACUUUUAAUUUAUAAAUUAUUUUGAAAAAUAUAUUUCUUCUUCAAAAAAAAAUUUUAAACAAGAAAUCCAAACCAAAGCUGAAAUUACGUCAUCCUGCAGCUACCAGUGAAUUGGACCAAAUUGACAAUGUAAACAUCUUUUACAGGAAACAUUCUUGCACAUAAACUUAAUACUGCUCAUUUUUUUUACUUGUUUUUUGUAGAAUUUGACUUUAAUUACAUGUCAUUUUGUGCAUUAAAUAUCAUUUGUGGUGCUACAGAAUGUGAGCUAACUUGAACACUUUAUUUUUGUGUGUGUGGAAAAUGCAAUAUUUAGAUUUUUUGUCACGUUUGUGUCUUAUACAUUUGAUAUAUUAAAAGAUGAAGGAUAAAAUAUGAGUGGGCCCAUUAAAUAAAGAUUUGCAACUGCUGUU